AGUUGGGUCUGAAACCGUUCAGAGUACAGAGGAGCACAACAGCGACUACAACUCUAUUAACUGUGUUAUAUAUUACACAGAGGACGGAUUCAUCUUCAGACAUCCGGACCAGUCUCUCUCCAACUUUGCCCCAUCAAGUCCUGAGUGAAGAUAUUAGACCAGUCCAGAGACUGUGUGGUCUCAUCUGGAUUAAGUUAUCUUUAUCCAUUAAGUCUUCUUUCUGUGGAGGCCGGUCCAGCGUUUCAAGCUGGACGGAGGAGAGACGAGUGGGGCCGAAGGCCCGGCCUUUGUGCUGAGACACAGAACUGCAAACCUCAUUGAACACACGACAGAUUGCACGACUAAAGAUCCCAUGAGUCCCCGGGAGAAAGCAGACACGCCCACCUCAGGUUCUCCAACCAGUCACCUCAGCACCACAGAGUGCCCCUCACACAAUGGGAGGGUCCCAGAGUGUGAUGAGGAGAGAAGAAAAAAUGAAGAGGAUGACAGAGGAAAAGAGGAGAAGGAGGAAGAGGAUGAGAGGAGCAGCGAUGAAGGUUUCAUGGGAAUGACUCCGCUGCUGCAGGCUCACCAUGCCAUGGAGAGGAUGGAGGAGUUUGUACACAAGGUGUGGGAGGGCCGGUGGCGCGUCAUACCUCACGACGUGCUCCCUGAUUGGCUAAAGGACAACGACUACCUGCUCCACGGCCACAGGCCACCUAUGCCUUCGUUCCGCGCCUGCUUCAAGAGCAUCUUCAGAAUCCACACAGAGACGGGAAACAUCUGGACACAUCUGCUAGGCUGUUUGUUUUUCCUCUUCCUGGGGCUGAUGUACAUGUUCAGGCCCAACAUGUCGUUCGUGGCUCCAGUCCAGGAGAAGGUGGUGAUCGGGAUGUUUUUCCUGGGAGCCAUCCUCUGCCUCUCCUUCUCCUGGCUCUUCCACACAGUCUACUGCCACUCCGAGGGCGUCUCCAGAGUCUUCUCCAAGUUGGACUACAGUGGGAUCGCUUUCCUCAUCAUGGGCUCCUUCGUCCCCUGGUUGUACUACUCCUUCUACUGCUCCCCUCAGCCCUGCUUCAUCUACUUGAUAGUGGUGUGCAUACUAGGAUUGUCUGCCAUCACAGUCUCCCAGUGUGACUUCUUCGCCACGCCGCAGUACAGAGGAGUCAGAGCAGGAGUGUUUGUGGGUCUGGGUCUGAGUGGCGUGGUUCCCACCCUGCACUUUGUCAUCAGCGAGGGUCUGAUUAAAGCCACCACCAUGGGUCAGAUGGGCUGGCUGCUGCUCAUGGCCACGCUCUACAUCACCGGAGCCUGCCUGUACGCCGCUCGCAUCCCCGAGAGGUUCUUUCCUGGCAAGUGUGACAUCUGGUUCCACUCCCACCAGCUGUUCCACAUCUUGGUGGUAGCGGGGGCUUUUGUUCAUUUCCACGGCGUCUCCAACCUGCAAGAGUUUCGCCACAAGGCGGGAGGGGGCUGCGCCGAGGACGGCACACUUUAACGCACACACACUGACUCAGUCAUUCACUUACACACAUUUUACGGGGAGGCACUGGUUCUAAUAAUAUGCACAGACAUAAACACACACACAUAAAACCUACGACAUGCACACACGCUCUCCCCCUAAACUGAAGACCAGUGUGGCUCGUCUGGUUCGUCUGUGUGUGUGAUACACCGGAUGCCCUCCCAGGGGGCGCUAUUAUAAACUGACAGACAAGGGUUUUUAUCCUCUUUCUGUCCCCGUCUGUCUUUCUUUCUGUCCAUCCCCACCUCCUCUGGCUCUGUUGCUUCGGUUAUAAAACCACUUCCAAGACGGUGUGUUUUAUAAACCAGUUUUUGAGACUCUGCUCUUUUUUUCAGGAAGUAUCUUCGUUUGUUGGGCGGGGGAGGCGAGGCGUUCAGAACCUCCCUUCAAAAUAAUGCUACAUUUUCUUCAGUGUUGAGUUUAAUGGUUUUGAUUUGAAAAGGAAGCGUAAUUGUGGCUUUAAAAAAAAAAAGACAUUUUGGGGUGUGUUUUUUUUUGCUGAAUGCUGUUUUCUAAGUCACAGUUUUGAGCAUUCGAUUAUGAAAAAAAAAAAAAGAAUUGAGUGGAUUUCUUCCAUGAUUGUGGACAUUGCAGGGUGAGAUGAGGGGGGUGGGCAGCGGGUUGGUAGUCACUUUUAAAAGUUAAAAAACAAAACAAUUUUUCCAUGUAAAUAAGAUUUCUAAAUUUUGGGUUAUAGAUUUGUAUGAAAUAAAUAUAAAAAAAGGAAAAAAAUGUUAUAAUAUGAUGGCAAGAAUAAAUAAAUAUGUUAGAUAAUGAAUCAACUAAAGAGGAGAGGAGGAGGAGAGGUGUUUUAUCUACACUUGCUGAGAUGCAAUGGUGAGAAUAAUACAAUAAUGCUGCGGUAGGAGAAAACACUUCAACUUCAUGUAGUCUGUAUAUGUGAGGAUGGCAGGUGGAGGAAAUAUACAGCACAACAUCUGAAUCUUAUCAAACAAACAGCAAUUUUAAAAAUCUUGCUGAUAUUUUGUCUCCAGUGCAGGCAGGAAGUGGCAACUGAGUCACUUUUCUGACCUAAAAACCUUGAAAUAAACGAGGAGACGGCAGGAAAAGACUGUCCUCUACUCCGUUAUCUCCACUUUUGUGUUGAUGAGCAUCACAAAGACAGAGCACAGAUCUCAAAUCAGGCCUCAUGAAAAGAAAAAGAAACGUUCUUGUGAACAUUUGUGCUUAAAACCAAAUCAGAAACUAGGAUAAAUAAAAAGAUAUGUAGCCAUUUUCCUUUUUUUCUUACUUGUAAAUUGUCUGAUAAAGAUAAAAACAAAUUUCCAUGUUACCAUCAUAACUUUAUUCUUUUUUUAUGCCAUGCCCCUAAAAAACAUAUCAAGGAUAACUUGAAGAUAUUUUUUAUAAACAAGGCCCCAGAGUCAUAUAUAUUUAAUUUUGGUAAAACUGCAGUAUUAUUACAAUACAAAUGCAGUUCAUUGUUGUCCUCCUCCUCUGUCUGGAAAUGUGUUUUUUUUUUCUUUUUGAUUGGAUUGUAUUUUAAUUUAUCCACUGCUGUUUUUGGUAUUAUUAUUGCAAGCUUUAAUUUCUCUUUUGUUCUUCCUAUUAUUUAUCACUGGUUUCUCUCAUGUGAAGUUAGAGCAGAGAGGCCCUGAGUGAGUUUCUCCUGCACUAAAAAUAGCAAAAAAACAAGUCUCCGAUAAAAAAGAUCUGACAAAGUGAAUUACUUAAAGGGCACACAAACUGCCUCAGAUAUGGAGAUUUGACUUUGAGAAAACAAGACUUUUUUAAAAAUGUUUUUUCUGGCAAUACCAAAAUCUAGCUCCUGCACAAUGGAAACGCUUAAAUUCUGAGCUUAUCAUAAACUGUGUGUCUAUGAUUGUUUGAAAUUUAGGUUUGCAAGUUUCUAUUCGAUGGCAGCUUUUUCUGACCAGGAAUUUGAACACAAUUUCUCAGCUUUUCUAUUCUUUUCUCUUCAUUUUCUGAUUUUAUUUGAUCUAGUUUAUAUUAAUUUAUUUCUCUUGGGGAGCGCAUAUUGUCUGUUGAAGCACACGUUCCGUUUUGAUGGGAGUGUUUGAUUGCAAUAGACCUUUAUAUCUGCUGUAUUGUUCUAAUAAAAAGGUUUUUUGAAUCUG